AUGGAUCUGUCCCAGCUCCUCAAUGAGAUCAGGGCAAAGUAUGAAACGCUCAUCACCAGAAAUCAGAUAAAGACCGUCAUCUCAGCAAGGACCCAGCUAGAAGAAGCUACAAUUAAAAGAAUGGAUAAAGAUGCAGAAGCAUUGAAGGCAGCCAGAGCAGAACUCUGUGAAGCAAGACGGCAGUGGCACCAUAUGCAGAUCGAAAUUGAAUCUCUCCACGCUGUGGAAAAGGGUUUGGAACGCUCACUGCGUGCCACAGAGCAGCAGUACCACAUGCAACUACAAAAUUUGGAAGCUGAGAUUGAAUGCUUAGAGAAAGAGCUACUGGAAGUGAGAAGAGGUAUUGAGAAACAGCUUCAAGAGCAUGAAAUUCUCCUGAACACGAGGAUGAAACUGGAGGAGGAGAUAGCAACGUAUCGCAGUCUGCUUGAGCAAGAAGAGAACAGGUACUUGUUUCGUUGCUCUAGACCUGACCAGAAGGAUGACAAAAAGCCUACCACUAGCAAGAUUGCCUUUACACUGCCUUCGGGUGAUAUAUCUGCAUUUUCUUUUAUAGAUGGUGUAAAGCAGCAUGAAACUGAGAAGGUGGAACUGAUGACAAAACAAGCAAUCCUAGAUGGAAAUGUUAUGAAGGAAAGUGCUGAAGCUCAUGGCACUGUACAGACAGAAAAAGUGGAUGAAGUCAUUAAAGAAUGGGAAGGCUCUUUCUUUAAGGACAACCCUCGCUUAAGGAAAAAAUCAGUUUCAUUGCGCUUUGAUCUCCACCUAGCAGCAGCAGAUGAAGGAUGUUUACACACUAAAAAGAAAACUCUUCCCGACAUUGAAGUCAGGCUGGUAAUGAGGAGAUCUUGCAGUAUUCCUUCUAUCAAACCUUAA